AUGAAUCGUCAGUCGAAAUGGAAUAAUAACAUCGGGGUUAGAUCAUUUACACCCGAGGAAGAUCCAAAAGAUUCUCCUACUUUAGACAUUGCAGAGUUUGCUGGAGAAGAUUUUAAACCUGAAAUAUAUAUUCAAAAAGCCUUGGCAAAUGCCACCGAAGAUGAUGUGAGGGCAUUUUUAGAUUCGCUUCGAGAAUCUAAAGAAUUAGCCUCUAUCGAUCUUCAGAGAAAUGUGUAUAAAAACUAUAAUGAAUUCUUAGAAAGUGAUAUGUUAGUAUUGCGAGGAUUAUUAAAUAAAUUACAAGUCGUUAGCGACAAUUUGAGAGAUGAUAGUUCCGAGUCUAUAAACGUUGGGUCCGCGUCAUCUGUGACUUCUGAGCCUAUUGUACAUAGAGGGCGAAAGCCAACCACAAAUAACGCGUCAGAUAUGCAGUCAAUUUGGAAAGCACAAAUUCAGGCACUCUGGGAUGGUGUGGAAGGUGCACAGAAUUUCGUCCCAUUGGAACAUGGUCGUCAUAUUAUUCGCGAAUUUUCAAAUUUUGUCGAAAUUAGUAUGAAUACUAAUAAGCCGAAACAUGCUGUUCAUCUUUUUUUACUUAACGAUUGUUUAUUAAUUGCCGUAAAAAAAAAAAGGCAAUUAACAAAAGAUACAACAAAAAUUAGACUAGUAGCCGAUCGUUGUUGGUCUUUAGAUGAUGUUAGUUUAAUAGAUGUAAAAGAUACUGAUGGAUCUAAGAAUUUUAUCAAAAUCUUAAAACAUCCAACCGAUCAAUUUAUUUUUCAAAGUAGUAAUGCUGAGGAAAAAAAAAAUUUGUUCAACAUGACUAAACGUGCUACAGACGAGAUGAUGUCCGCAAAAGCUGUAAGGCAUGCUGAUUCAGUAAUUAAUGCUCAAAAUAAUCAACAACAGCUCACUCCACUUAUAAGAUCUCUUUCGCGGAGAGGUCGUAAUGCUUUAUCAUCAUCAUUACGUAACCAAAAAAACCCAUCCUCAAAAAUAUCGGCCAAAUCUCCUAGAGAACUUUCAUUCAAUGAUUUACGUGACAUAGAGGAUUUGGCUGACCAAUUAGAUGUGCAAAUUGCUACAAGAGAAUUUGAUGAAGCCGUAGAAAAUAUUGAAAAAGCUAAAGCUGCAUUAACAAAUGUAUCUGCAGAUGCCACUAGGUUGGAAUCUAUCCGGGUAAAAAUGGAGGAUAGAGUGGUGCGACUUUCAUAUGCAAUUAGUCGAGAUUUGACUAAUCCUAAUGUGAAAAAGACUCAGGUACAAAAAUGUGUUAAAUGGCUAUCACGUCUCGGUUAUGGUGAACAGGCUCGAGAAUUAUUUCUGUCCGCUAGAACAAAUAAUAUUCGAAUAAGGACAAAGCAGUUGAAAUUUGAAGGCGACAUACCUCAAUAUAUCAAUGAACUAUCACUAGUAUAUUUUACUUUAAUUAAAAAUACGUGUGAUUGGUACAGUGCUGCAUUUAAAGACAUAAAAAUGGCAUCAGGUCUUGUUAAAUGGGCAAAAGAAGAAGUAGAACAUUAUGCAAGUAUGUUCCAACGUCAAGUAUAUAGCCCCCAUAAUCGUGAAGAUAAAAUUUUGCGAGAAGUCGGUUUAGACCUUAAAUUUUUAUUAGAUACUCUCUUGCAAUCCGAUAUAUCGAAUGCUGCAAAUAAUGCAUCUCAAAGUCUUUCGGGACUAACAGAAGAGGAAGAAGAUUUAUUGGAUUCUUAUGGUGCAUAG